AUGUCGCCAUCGCUCAGAAGCCUUAUCGAUUCGGGCAGAAUCAGUAACAGAUGUCUUCGCCGAAACGACCACUGCCACCAAGAGAUCAGUGACCGCAAUCUCGAGCUAGCCAGAAGGAUUUUGGAGUCAGUUGAAUUCCAGGCUAUUGAUAGUAACCAAGACUACCAAUAUGAAGUCGAUUUGUGGAUGCUCGCUGGAUACAGUUUUUGUGACUCUUGCCAAAGAGUCUACCCAGAGCAGGUCGAAAGCUACCACCGAAUGCUCAUCAGGUGCCUUGCCGAAGAGUUUAGAGCUCCAAUGGACUCUGUCUAUGAUUCUGGAAGUACUUCUGGGUCUAAUCGCACGAAGACAGAGCCACAAAGACUUAAAGAACGACGUAGCUGUCACCCCAAUGAACUCGAAAGCCUUGCAAAGCAGAUAAAACAGCUGGAGCACCAAACCGACGGUUUCAAGAGGAGAAUCUCCGAUCUCAAGCAGGAACUCGAAGAUGAACGCAAGCAACACCAACAGCUCAAGUUCCAACACAUACAGAUGGUUGGAUAUGCAGAGGCCAAAUAUGCCGAGAUGAUUCAAUUUGGAGAAGCAAAGCAUGCCGAGAUGAUGCAGUUUGGAGAAGCAAGGUUUGCAGAGCUCAUGCAGAAGAUUGCUGGACUGGAGACCCAAAACCUGUUGUUGCAACAGCAGAUGCAGAAUCAACACACGAUCGACCAGCAAGAUAUGGCAAAGAUGAUUGGCACAAUCAAGGAGCUCAAUGCCGAGCUUGUACAAUGUUAUGGCCAGCAGUACCACAUCUGGCUGACUCCAACUUCUCAACAUGUGGUUGGUCACUGCGCUUGA